AUGAAUAUUCCUACCGCGCUCCCUGAAGUGCCGGUAGUAGAGCCUGUGGCAAAAGGGCCUGUAGAAGAGAUCCCCACUGCAAUCCCGAUAAUUAUCGGUCCAGAGCCUCCAUCUAAAGAGAUUCCAACUUCGCACUUUGAUGAAGAAAAUGCAAGGCGCCUCGCCAAGAUCGAAGAACGCCUUUGCAUGCUGCAAGGCUAUCAGUUGCAGGGGUUAAACUAUAAUCCCCCACUUCUGAUCAAUUCUUUUCAAGAUAGUUUGGUUGGUCCUGCGUUAACCUGGUUUAUAGAGUUGGACAUGGAGAAAAUCCGUACUUGGGAAGAUCUCGUUGAUGAAUUCCUUCAGCAAUACAAGUUUAAUACUGAAAUCGCUCCGACUCGAGAAGAAUUAGUUCAAGUUGAGAAAAGAAGAACUGAAUCAUUUAGGGCCUACGCUCAAAGAUGGAGGGUCACUGCAUCUCAAGUAAAACCGCCAUUAUCUGAGAAAGAGACCAUGAAAUUGCUACUUCAAGCUAUGCCCCGUGAUCUUUUUGAGAAGAUGUACAACCAUACUUGUAUGAACUUUGCUACAUUUGUAGAGUUGGGAGAACGCAUCGAGGGGAUCAUGCGGGAAGGAAGGUUGAUGGAGAACACAAACCGUCGAUAUACCCCGAAGAGAGAUAAGGAAUCGGCUGUGGAGAUCGCCUACAUACAAAAUUCCUCUUCUCAGAAGCCAUACAACCUUCAGGCUCAUAAACUUGCCAUGGAGGUAGGGAAUUCUUCUCGAAACUUCGAGCGCAAAGGAAAAACCCCUCAAAGGCAAUUUACUCCAUUGCCUAGACUCAUGUCACAACUACUUCCAAUGCCGAUCGAAAGUCAUCUUGUGGCAAAAGAGAUCCCGAGGGAUAACCCGCCAAAGUUUGUCGGGUUCGACCUUAAUAAGACAUGUGAAUAUCAUAUGGGUGAAAAAGGUCAUCAUGUGGACAACUGUUUGAUGCUUCGUUAUAAGAUCCAGGAUUUGUUGGAUAAAAAACUGCUCACUUUUAAGGACUCGGCACCGAAUGUCCAACAAAACCCCCUUCCAAAGCAUUCUGAAGAUGUCAACAUGGUUGGCGCUAUCGAUGGAAAUGAAGAACCCAUAGUUCCCAUUGUGUAA